AUGCCUGGCUUCGCAGAUUCGUUUUGGACCCCAGAUUACGCCACAGGUCUGGGGGUACUCUACGGCAAACUCCAGCAGGGCGCGGUGGAAAACAAACAAAUUCUGACUAUUGCCUCGAUGCGCGCGGACGCGGAGGACAUGUAUGGCUCCAAACUCGGGGACAUUGCGCCGGCCGUCGACCGGGUGACACCAACAGGGUUUGCGAAGGACGACGGGGCGAGCGUGAGGAAGGCUUAUGAAGGUGUUCGCACGGAAAUGGUCGAGGCGUCCAAGAACCACCAGAAAAUCGCGUCCAACAUUCGGGAAUUGGUCGUGUCGCCGUUCCGCCGCUGGUGCGACCAACAUGAGGCGCGGAUACAGAACUCUCACGAUGAUUUGCAGGCCCGCAUCAAGGAACACACGAAGCAGGUCGAAUUGGUCAAGAAACUGCGGAGCCACUACUUCAACAAGUGCCGUGUUGUGGAGGAUUUGGAGGAAGAGAACAAGCUUGCUUUCCAAGGCCCCGAGACCAGUCCCAAAAUCAAGCCCACUCCCAGGAUCGUCUUGCCGGAAGAAGAGGGAGAGGAAGAAGAGCCGGUCGAAAUCGGCGAUCGCAUCUAUCCUCCCGAGGACCUGAAGAAGCUGUUGAUACACAUGCUGGAAACGAUCAAAGUGGGCGAUGUCAAAGUGCCCAUCAUUGGGACUUAUCAGAACACAUCGACCGGUGCCGACAUCGUCGACUAUAUUCAGAAGUAUCUGAACGGAACCAGCAUCAGCUAUUGUGAAAGAAUCGGCCAGGACCUUGUCGACAACGGGUUUCUUAGGCUCGUGGGAAACAUGGGCAGCACGUUUGCCAAUAGCUCUAAGAUGCGUUAUCAGUGGCGCCCAAAAGUCUUCCAAGUCACAGGCAUUCCCGACAAGAAAAAGCCUCUGAUGCGGGUCACUUCUAUCGCCUCCAGCGAAGAUGGCAGUGACUCCCCCCUGUCUUCUGUAUCCGAGAUGCUCGCCGGGUGGAACCCGCUGAAUAACCCAUACCCGAACGAAACGCCAGCGGAAAAGUUGCGCAGAGAGGCCCGCGAGGCUGAUGAACGGUACAAGGCUGCUGUGCGGCGACUUGACCUGAUCAGAUGCAAGCUCGAGGAGGAGAUUGUUGAGAAUCUGCGCUUUAUGGAGCAGUGCGAAUUGGACCGUCUCAAGGCAAUCAAAGCCGUAAUCCUAGAUUUCUCUGGAGCAAUCAGCAACGUGAUUCCUAACCUGCAGAGCACGGUGGAUCACAUGAUGCUGUACCAGGAGACUAUUCAGCCCCUCGGAGAUCUUAGAUACCUUCUGGAGAACUACCGGACCGGCGGUUUUGUCCCCCGCGUACAGGCUUACGAAAACUACUACGGCUCCGUUGAAGAUCAGAACUUCGGUGUUGAUCUCGAGGCUAGAGCAAGAGCCGAUCGCAAGCGGGUUCCAAUUAUUGUAACGACUAUCCUCACUUAUCUUGACAACCGUUACCCUGAAUUGGAGGGUGACGAGGCCCGACGUGCGAUAUGGCUCUAUGAUGUACCUUUAGCGGCAACGCACCAUUUGCGGAAUGCAUUGAACAACAGCAGAGCGGACUACAACGAAGUGCUCGAGAAAUACGAGAUUCCUAUCAUUGCCAGCGUCUUGAAGUUGUAUCUUCUUGAAUUGCCAGUUUAUGAAAUUGUUAAGACAAUUUAUUCCACCACCGCCCAUGAGACCACAGAGGAAGGCCGCAUCAAAGUUCUUCAAAGCACACUCGGCCAACUCCGUCUCAAUAACAUCGCCACACUUGACGCCAUUAUGACCCAUUUCACGCGUUUGAUAGACCUGACGUCUGCCGACGAAGCUUAUGUAUCUUCUCUUGCCCAAGCGCUCUCCCCUUGCAUUCUCCGCCCCCGCACGGAGAGCAGCCUUACGAUGAAUGAGCGCCAUAGCUAUCGCCUAAUCCGUGACCUGUUCGCUCACAAAGAUGCUAUUUUCGGCGAGCUUAAGCGCCAAUCGAGCGCUCUCGGGAUCAGUGGCACCAGCAAUCGCCCCCGUGCUAUUAGCACUGAUGAGAGCAAUCGACGCGCAGCCAUGGAAGCGCGGAACCGCGCCAUUGUCGACCGCAGCCGCGCCCACAGCCCCAAUCCCCCACGGAAGCACCGUCGGGAUCGUUCUAGCGGUGCUUCAGAGGCCGGGCGUUUCCCCGUCAACGUCACGAGCCCUACCGAGCGGAGAACCAACCUCCGUAAUAGCCUCGACGUUCCCACCAACAUGGAAUCUCCUACAGCUGCCGAGAAAAUGAGCAGCGUGAACAUCGACAACUCAGAAGCUCUUGAGACCAACGGUGCUGCGGAUGACUCUCCCGCCGUCAGUGCCAGCUCCAGAUCUGGAACUUCGAGUCCUCCUCCGGUCGCAGGAUCAGAUGGAUCCAUGAGCCCCGUGACCGCUGCCACUCCCACCCAGGAAGCCGAAAAGCGCACUUCGAUCCCCCUCUCCAGUGUCAUGUUCAACCGCAAACCCGGUCUUGGCAAUCGUUCCAGCUUUCCCAUCGCGGUGAACAGCGAGAAUGGAUCUGACAGCAAGCGCAGCAGCCUGGCAACCAUCGAGAACGAGCCCAAAGGUGUUACUUUGGAGGACAAGCCAAUGGACGAUGACUAA